AUGGCUGAUGAUCGGAAAGACGAAGCAAAGGCGCCUCACUGGACCUCAUCUCAACUAACAGAGGCAUCUGGGCACCCACAUCCUCCUGAGAUUAAGGACCAAGGUGGGGCAGGGGAUGGGCUUGUCCGAAGCGCUAAUGGAUUCCCGUACAGAGAGGAUGAAGAAGGUGCCUUUGGUGAGCACGGACCACAGGGCACCUAUUCAAAUACCAAAGAGAAUGGGAUCAAUGGAGAGCUGACCUCAGCAGACAGAGAAACAGCAGAGGAGGUGUCUGCAAGGAUAGUUCAAGUAGUCACUGCUGAGGCUGUAGCAGUCCUGAAAGGCGAACAAGAGAAGGAAGCCCAACAUAAAGACCAGCCUGCAGCCCUGCCUCUAGCAGCUGAAGACACAGCUAAUCUGCCUCCUUCUCCACCCCCAUCACCAGCCUCAGAAAAGACUGUCACAGUAGGAGAAGGUUUACUUGCAGCCUCGAAGAUGGAGUUCCCUGACCUACAAGAAUUGAGUCCUCCUACAGCUGAGCCAUUAGACAAGAAAACAACAGAGUCCGAGAAGCCAAGUAAGCCUGGUGAAGACCUCAGACCUCCUGCCUUAGAGACAACGAAAACAUCCCCUGACGAAAAGGACACACAAGGCAAAAAGGAAGAAAAAGCACCUCCCAGUCUAUUCGCGCACCCUUUUGGUACCGAUGCCGAAGACUCUAAACAGAAGGCGGAACCGAGCCUAAUAGUGCCUGGCAUUGGCUUCCCUGCAGAGCCUCCAACUCAGAAAGAACAGAAGGACUGGUUCAUUGAUAUGCCAACGGAAGCCAAAAACGAUGAGUGGGGUUUAGUCGCACCAACAUCUCCUGUUCCCCUAACGCCUAUGAAGGAGAAGGAUGUACUUGAAGAUAUCCCCAAAUGGGAAGGAAAACAGUUUGAUUCUCCCAUGCCAAGUCCCUUUCAAGGUGGCAACUUCACUCUUCCUUUUGAUGCCAUGAAGAAUCAAACAGCUGCUGGAACAUCACCCUUUGCCCCUGUCCUGUUACAGUCAGAUCACACAGAAUCACUAGAAGAAACCAGUGGCCCAGCGGCCGCCAAAGAUACUUCUAAAGAUGAAGAGUCCCUUACAGAUAAAGCUGACAAGAUGGCAGAAACACCAGCCUCAGUGGCAAUUACCUCCCCCAAAGACACUCCUAUUCCUACUACAGAAGAAUAUAUCAGAGAGAAAGUGUCAGUGGAAGGAGCCAUCACAGAAAAGAGUAUGCAGAAAAAAGAGCCUGCUAUCCUCAGUGGACAGGAACCCAUACCUACUGAAAAGGAAAUUCAGCUAACACUCGAAGAAAAAACUAUCCUCCCUGACAAAGAAGUCAUGCCAAAAGAGAGCAAACCCCUCAUUCUGACAGAUGAUGAAACAGGCAUAAUUCAACCCACCGUAGAGCAUACUUUCCCUAAAGAAGAACAAAAAGGUCAAGAGCUGACCACAGAUGUGUUCAAACAGGACUCAUUCUCUCAAAGCUUAGAGCAAGCACUUAAAGAUUCCACUAUGAUCUCUAAAGUCACAGAGAAAGUGAUGGCUGAACCCUGUACACUAAGCGAAAAGGGUUCCAUCCAGGAACUUUUUGAUGAAAAAGAGUCUGACAAAGAUGGUAAGAUUGAAAUGGUUGGCGGGACAACAUCGUCUGAGCUCUUCAUGCCCUUUUACGAAGAUAAGUCAGGGAUGUCCAAGUACUUUGAAACCUCUGCCUUGAAAGAAGAUGUGACAAAAAGCAUUCAGCCAGGCAGUGACUACUAUGAACUGAGUGAUACGAGGGGAAGUGCCCAGGAGCCCUUGGAUACCAUAACUCCCAUGUCUGAAAAUGGUGAGCAAGGAAUUCAGGCAGGAGAAGAACCCCAGCCUCGUGCUGCAGCACAAGAAACAGGGUACAGCACACUUGCACAGAGCUACCCACCUGAUUUACCUGAAGAACCAAGUUCUCCUCAAGAAAGAAUGUUCACUAUUGAUCCAAAAGUGUAUGGAGAGAAAAGGGAUCUCCACAGUAAGAACAAAGAUGAUUUAACCCUGAGCAGAAGUUUAGGACUUGGUGGGAGGUCUGCAAUAGAACAAAGAAGCAUGUCCAUCAAUUUGCCUAUGUCUUGUCUUGACUCCAUAGCCUUAGGAUUUAAUUUUGGCCGAGGACACGAUCUUUCUCCUCUGGCUUCUGACAUUCUUACCAACACUAGUGGAAGUAUGGAUGAAGGGGAUGAUUACUUUCCUGCCACAACGCCUGCACUGGAGAAAGCCCCUUGCUUCCCAAUAGAAAGCAAAGAAGAAGAAGAAGAAGAACAGGUAAAGGAAGAAAAAGCUCCAGGGGAGGAAACUGUUCAAGCAGAGGCAGCAUGUGAGUCACCAUUCCUAGCCAAAGAUUUUUAUAAAAACGGCACUGUGAUGGCCCCUGACCUGCCGGAAAUGCUCGAUCUGGCUGGCACAAGGUCCAGAUUAGCUUCCGUCAGCACAGAUGCUGAGGUUGCCAGGAGGAAAUCAGUCCCCUCAGAGACUGUGAUUGAGGAGAGUAGUACUGGUUUGCCCCCCGUGCCUGGCGAAAACCAUGUCGUUGUGAAAACAGACAGUCAGCUGGAAGACCUGGGCUACUGCGUGUUCAAUAAAUAUACAGUCCCACUCCCGUCACCUGUCCAAGACAGUGAGAAUGUAGCAGGGGAGAGUGGGACCUUUUAUGAAGGGCCUGAUGAUAAAGUACGAAGAGAUUUGGCCACAGACCUCUCCUUGAUUGAAGUCAAACUGGCCGCUGCAGGCAGAGCCAAAGAUGAGUUCAGCGCUGACAAAGAUGCAUCCCCACAGGUGUCUGGACUGGGUAGGGAAUUAGAUCAGGAAAGGAAAGAGAAAGACAAGUUGGAUACUGUGCUAGAAAAGAGUGAAGAACAUGUCGCUUCAAAAGAGCAUGUUAUGACAGCAGAAGAGGCUGGCGACAAAGUUGAACAACUUGGAAUAGGAGUCACUGGUGAGCAAGCAUUGGCCAAAGAACUGGUGGUAUCCAGUGAUACAUCCCCUCCCCAGGCUGAGGAAGCCAAGAAUGUUCUGAGCUCAGUACCAGAGGUAGCUGAACUCGAACCGCCUAAAAGAGCUGAACCCGGGCUGGAGAUUGCUGCAGAGAAGCCUGGUCAGGCUCCAGUAGAUAUUAAAAUUAGUGACUUUGGCCAGAUGGCAGCAGGGCUAACUGUAGGUGCUGGGGUGACAAAAGAAUUUAAACUUGAGGAGACACAGCAGCAGGAUCUGACCCCCUCAACCAAAGUGCCUCAGGAGGCAGAUGCAUUUCUGGGCAUUGAGUCUGGUCACAUGAAAGAAGGUACCAAAGUGAGCGAAAUAGAAGUCAAAGAGAAGGUGGCCAAGCCUGACCUGGUCCACCAGGAGGCCGUGGACAAAGAGGAGUCCUAUGAGUCUAGUGGUGAGCAUGAAAGUCUCACCAUGGAAUCCUUGAAACCGGAGGAGGGCAAGAAGGAAACAUCCCCAGAGUCAUCUCUGAUUCAGGAUGAGAUAGCCAUUAAGUUGUCCGUGGAAAUACCUUGUGCAUCUGAUGUUUCAGAGGCUGAUUUAGCCACUGACGAAAGAGCUGAUGUCCAGGUGGAAUCCAUUCAGAUUCCAAAAGGAGAAAGCAAAGAGACCCCUGAUAUCGCCAUCACGCCCUCAGAUGUUACAGAGUCAGUGCCUGAAGGGAUCGUAGCUGAACCAGCCGAGGCUCAGGGUGAGGAAGAGGAGAUUGAAGCCCGAGGAGAAGCAGAUAAGCUGCUCUUCCGCUCAGACACCCUUCAGAUCACCGACCUGGGGGUCCCAAGUGUCAGGGAGGAAUUCGUGGAGACCUGCCCUGGUGAACACAAGGGAGUGAUUGAGUCAGUCGUGACCAUUGAGGACGAUUUCAUUACUGUGGUGCAAACCACAACUGAUGAGGGGGAGUCCGGUUCCCACAGUGUUCGCUUUGCAGCCCUCGAGCAGCCUGAGGAGGAAAGGAGACCCUCUCCUCGUGAUGAAGAAGAGCUUGGAGUGGAGGAGGCCGCCGAAGCCCAGGCAGAACCCAGAGAUGGCUCCCCAGAGGCUCCGGCUUCACCUGAGAGAGGAGAGGUUGCAUUCUCAGAAUAUAAGACAGAAACCUACGACGAUUACAAGGACGAGACCACCAUCGACGACUCCAUCAUGGAUGCGGACAGCCUCUGGGUGGACACUCAAGAUGAUGAUAGGAGCAUCAUGACAGAGCAGUUAGACACUAUCCCUAAAGAGGAGAAAGCUGAAAAGGACGCUCGGAGACCAUCUCUUGAGAAACAUAGAAAAGAAAAGCCUUUUAAAACCGGGAGAGGCAGAAUUUCCACUCCUGAAAGAAAAAUAGCUAAAAAGGAGCCUAGCACAGUCUCCAGAGAUGAAGUGAGAAGGAAAAAAGCAGUUUAUAAGAAGGCUGAACUUGCUAAAAAAACAGAAGUUCAGGCCCACUCUCCUUCCAGGAAAUUCAUUUUAAAACCUGCUAUCAAAUAUACUAGAUCAUCUCAUCUCUCCUGCGUUAAGAGGAAAACGACAGCAGCAGGUGGUGAACCAACUCAGACUCCCAGUGCCUAUAAACAGGCAAAGGAUAAAGUCUCUGAUGGCGUAACCAGGAGCCCGGAGAAGCGCUCUUCUUUGCCACGACCCUCGUCCAUUCUCCCUCCUCGCCGAGGCGUAUCUGGAGACAGAGAUGAGAAUUCCUUCUCGCUCAACAGUUCCAUCUCCUCUUCGGCACGACGGACCACCAGGUCAGAGCCAAUUCGCAGGGCAGGAAAAAGUGGCACCUCGACACCCACUACCCCUGGAUCCACCGCCAUCACUCCUGGCACACCACCCAGCUAUUCCUCACGCACACCAGGCACGCCUGGAACCCCUAGCUACCCCAGGACCCCACACACACCAGGAACCCCCAAAUCUGGCAUCUUGGUGCCCAGUGAGAAGAAAGUUGCUAUCAUACGUACUCCUCCAAAAUCUCCUGCCACUCCGAAGCAGCUCCGACUUAUUAACCAGCCAUUGCCAGACCUGAAGAAUGUCAAGUCCAAAAUCGGAUCAACUGACAACAUCAAAUACCAGCCCAAAGGUGGGCAGGUACAGAUUGUUACCAAGAAGAUAGAUCUGAGCCACGUGACGUCCAAAUGCGGCUCUCUGAAGAACAUCCGCCACAGGCCAGGUGGUGGGCGUGUGAAAAUUGAGAGUGUAAAACUGGAUUUCAAAGAAAAGGCCCAAGCUAAGGUUGGUUCACUUGACAAUGCUCACCAUGUACCUGGAGGCGGUAAUGUCAAGAUUGACAGCCAAAAGUUGAACUUCAGAGAGCACGCCAAGGCUCGUGUGGACCACGGGGCCGAGAUCAUCACGCAGUCCCCCAGCAGAUCUAGUGUGGCAUCACCCCGACGCCUCAGCAAUGUGUCCUCUUCUGGAAGCAUCAACCUGCUUGAAUCCCCUCAGCUUGCCACCUUAGCCGAGGAUGUCACUGCAGCUCUCGCUAAGCAGGGCUUGUGA